AUGAUCGUUGUAGGUACGUGUUUCGUAUUGUUACUGUUGCAUUCGUGCAGUGGAGUUAUAUAUCAUUUGAACGACACAGAGUACGCACGGUUGCCGCCGCUGGCGCAGCUAGAUGACUACGUGCAAUGUCUCAACCAAGAGGGAAGUGUAUACUGCCAAGUUGGUCUCACACUACACGCAGGACCGGGGAAUGAGUUAAUACAAAUGAUUGAGGAAUACUCCGCUCAUUCAUACAAACAUUUCAACUACAGUUACGUAAAUCACGGCAUCUGUGUCACUAAAACAUGUAAGCACUUCAUUCAAGACCGAUCAACGGAAGAUACGGUGGGCCUAAAACAGAUCCUUGAGGGAUGCCUCAACGAAAUAUAUGAAAAUAAAUAUGGUUUGAGUACACAAAUAUCCACAAUACAUUCUUGCGAUCGUCCAAACGAAGGCAUUGAGUUUGAUUAUGGCGACAAAGUAUUUACCGCCGUAAUUUUGGGAAUAGCUUUAGUAAACAUAGCUGCAACAAUUUAUGAUGUGCUAUUAAAGCAAAGGAAUUGUUCUGGUAAUCCAUUGAUAUUAAGUUUCUCACUAAUACAAAAUUGGAAUCGUCUUUUAUCAUCCAAUCCUAAUCCAGAUCCUAGAUUCGAUGGCUUCCAAGGAAUGUAUGGAAUAAGAACAAUAACAACAUUAUUGAUGAUGGCAGCUCACGCGAUUUGGCUCAUAGGUGAUGGGUUUGCUGACAAUACGCAUGAUUUUGAGAGGUUAUAUGAAAACAAUCUUUACCAAGUUUUGUUGAGCGGAACAUCUUUGGUACAGUUGUUCUUCCUACUGUCAGGCUUUUUACUCGUCUACACGUUGAAUGUAAACUCUGAGAGGAUGAAGAAUACUUGGGAACUGUUCCCUGUGAUCUUGUUUUAUAGAAUGUGCAGGUUAACUCCAAGUCUGGCUGUUGUCUUGGGCUUCAUAAUGACCUGGUUCAGACACAUGGGAUCAGGCCCGUUUUGGGGUAUGGUCAUAACACCCAUCUCCAAUGACUGCAGACGGUAUUGGUGGUCACAUUUGUUGUACGUCAACAAUUUCAUAGAGGAUAACCGAUGCGCCAUUCAGACUUGGCACUUAGCGACAGAGCUACAAAUCUAUACAAUAGGUCUGAUAGUAUACUUGGCAACACAGAAUAGGUUUAGAGGGUUCUGCAUAUUCGUCAUGUUUCUAGUUGGAUGCGUGAGCCCAGCUCUGCAUGUGUGGCUGUAUGAUCUGGAGGGAAUCUUGCCUCUUUCACCUGAAUUUUUUCGCACUUCACAAAGCCCAACGUUCACUAAACUCUACGUUUUGUUUUACAACAACACCUCAUGCUUUGCCAUGGGAAUGAUAUUAGGAUCCUACAUAUACGAUGCUCAAAAGAAAAAUAUUCAAUUCAAGAAAAGUAAGAUUCUGGAUACAUUACUUUGGCUUUCUCUCAUACUUUGCGCCCUAAUCUUCUACAGCGGUUCGGUUUUCUACAAAGAUGCACCUCGAGCCUCUGUUGAGCUCAGGAUGGUGCAUGCGGCGUUUAUUAAGAUUUUAUUUGGUUGUGUCAUAUCUUUUAUGAUUGUAGGCUUGGUGUUCCGGCUUGGAGAUACGUUUUGUGACAUGUUAUCGUGGCAAGGCUGGAAGACGCCCAGCAAGUUGUCAUACGGAGUCUCCCUAGUGCAUUUCAGCAUCAUCCACUACAUCCAGGGCACGAGGACGCAACUAGCUCACAUUUCUCUCUUUAAUUACAUAAUGCACCAACUAACCAUCGUGUGUUUAUCCUUCUUUAUCGCCGUACCAAUCUACCUGCUAGUUGAAACACCAAUAAUAACAUUCUUCAAAGUGCUGUUAUUUGGCGGGAAAACCAAAGAUAGUGUCUCUAGGAAAACUAAUUAA